UUCAUUGUGAUUUUUGGAAAAUUUUCGUGAAAUCUUUACUGUGUGCUUCCUGCGCGUGAGUUGCUGCAACAUUUGUGGAUUUCUACAUCAAGCUUUCAAAACCGAAAUCAGUUAAUGUUUACGAAUCUCUAAUUUUUAGUUAAUCGAAGUGUCACUCUCCUUUCUCCCUUUCUGUGGUUGAUUUAGAGUCCUCUGAAGGAAAUUAGGGUAGGACUGAGAAUGAUUUUUAGUGUGCUUUGCAGUUUUUUUUUUUUUUAAAAAAAAAAGGGGUCUUGACUUCAUUCUUCCCCCUACUUCAUGCAGAAAUUAAGAAAAUGUCCUCAAAAGAUACAAUGAGUGUGGUAGGAAGUGAGGUAAUGCCCAUGGAGUAUUGGAGCAUGGACACGGAGAGUAGUCCGUCUCCAUCUAGUUCGAAGAGGACGGUGGAAGGGGUGAGAGGAGAUGAGGUGGUGGAGGUUGGGGGGGAUAGUGUACCCAUCACCGUGGUAGAAGUAGAGGGUAGGGGAGAGAAGGGUUAUGAUGCAGGUGCAGAUAUAGUGGAGGAGGUGAAGCAGCCAGUUGGGGUAGAGGAGAGGGCGUGCUCUGCGCCUCAGGAUCAUUGGAUGCUUGUGUAUGCUCACUAUUUGUCGGCUGGGCUCAGAUUUCCAAUCCCUGAGUUGCUAGUAGGGGGUAGUAGGAAGGAUAAGGGGUGGUAUUAUUUCACCCCUAGGGUAGCUAAUAGGGAGAGUAGGGCAUUGUUUACAGCGGGUCUUUCCUCCAUUAAAGGAUGGAAGGAAAAAUUCUUUUUUGUAGGGAGAGGGGGGAUACCGAGGGUAGAAAGCAUAGAAGCUGUCGAGCUCUAUGGGCCAAGCGCUUUAAGUGAAGCUGAAAUGGAUAAAUUUUUGAACACUGCUGGAGGAGUGGCCAUCCCCAAGAAGCCAAGGAAGAAGUCAAAGACUUCAACCAAGCAAGUGGAUGAGAUUUGGGGCUUAGAACUCUCUCCCUCAACCCAGAAAUCCUGGAUCUACUCUGCUUCUCCAUCCCUUAUCCGCCGAAUUUUCCUUGCAAAUUCCUGCCGGCAACUCCCCCUUAUAGCUUCGAUUUCUACAGCUAGAGAAUUAUGGUUCCCAAUCGUUCUGUCAGUUAGCACUGAGAUCGAAUCUUUGGUUUAUGCGAGUGAGGAAGCGAAACCGAGGACGGGAAAAUCACGGGAAGGCGUGACAAAGGUAGUGCCCACUACUUCAGCUGAGGCGAAUGAGGAGGUGCCACAGUUGAAGGGGAAGGGUUGGGAGGAGAGAAUGGCACUACAGAAAAAGAAGAAGGUGGUGGAGGAGGAGGAGAGGGGGAGCGAGGUUCCCCAGUUCGUACCUCAGCCUCCUCCUGUUGAGCUUGACCCUAAGCUCAGACAGUUGGAGGAGGGGGCUAAGGUACGAGCUCUCGGUAAGGGAAAGGGCCCUGUUCCCCCAUUGGCGUUUCAGAGCAGCCUGUUUGAGGCGAAGAACAUGAUGGGGGCUAGGAGGUUCAUCAACACCACCUUCCCCGAAGUGGACAAACGCAACACACAGGACAAGGCUCUAAGGUAUUGUGGGGCUUCAAUAGUGAAGCAUGUGUUGGAGUAUGUUAAGUUAUUUGUAUUUAUUGGUGUUGUUUGUUUAAUCUCUUUCUUCUUCCCUUCUUUUUCUCUUAACUUCUGCUUUGAAUUGCAGAGCAUGAGCUGGAAAGAGAAGGAGGAGUUGGAGAAGAAGAAUAAGGAGCUACAAGAGGCGUUGAACGAGGUGGUUCCAACUGUGAAACAGUUGGAGCAGGAGAGGGCUUCCCUGAGCACCAAACUCGUCUUUAAGGAGAGCAAACGAAGGAUCUCUGAAAGCGAGCGUGAGGCUCAGGUGAAGGAAAUAAUGCUGAUGAAGGAUGCUUUCAUGGAGCUGAAGGAGAAUGUGCAGAUGUUGGUGCACAAUGGGAUGAAGGAGCACAUCAACAACUUCAUCAGGUCCAACUCGUUUGACAACAUCGUCAACUUAUACCGACUGCCAACUGCCAUCAUUGCUUUCAUGGACUGCAGAAAGAAGGUGAAGGCUGAAUAUCCUGAAGUGGAUAUUAUAAAGAUCACCUCCGGCGAGCAAGAAGAAGGAGUGGAGGAGAACGGUGAGAGCAUGUUAGCAGACUUCCGUCCUCAGAUCAAACUGAGGUGGGAUCAUGAUGCGGACGGACGCGUUGUUUUUCCUCCACAGUUUGACUUCGAGUUCGUUGCAGUAGAGGAAAAAGGGGCAGAGGUAGAGGAAGAUGGAGUGGGGCCAAGAAUGGGAGGAACUGAAGUGGAUGAGAACCAACCUGCUCCAGAAGUGGAGAUUCAUCCGGUUCUUUCUAAUGAUGAGCAGCCUCCACUGCCAGACGAGCAGCAGCCAACAGAACCACCUCUUCCAGCUGAGCAGCAGCCAGUUCAGCCACCUCUUCCAGCAGAAUAAAGAAUUUUGCUUUUUAAUUUUUCUUUGAUACUUUGUUGUAAUAACAAUUUGUAAUAUUUUUAUUAAUAGAAAAUUUUGCAUUGGAAUCACGUGUUGUAUUUGCUUUACUUUUUGCCGGUUUACAUUAAUAGAAGAACUAAGAUUACUUGAGAUUCGUUUUGAAAGAAAGCUAAUCAUUUCAGAGAUGAAAUAAAAAGGAGUUAAUUAC